ACACGAACUUAGUUUCUCGGGCCCGGAGCGGGGCGGAAGUGUUGUGUCUGCGCGCCAGCCCCUCUGCUGACGCUCCCGUCCGAGGGAAAAUGUUGCUGGUUCUGUCCGACGAGCACAAGGAGCAUCUAGGAUUCUUAACGCGUGUGGAUGCUGCGGUUGUAGGAGAAUUCUGUCGAAUUGCCGUGGAAUUUUUGAAGAAAGGCUCAAAUCCCAAAAUAUUUGAAGGAGCGGCAAGGAAGCUGAAUGUGAGUACUGAAACCGUGCAACGUGGAGUUGAGGGACUGAUGUAUUUGAUGACAGAAAGCUCCAAAAUGAUGAUUUCUGAAGUGGAUUUCCAGGACUCCGUGCUUGUCUUGGGGUUUUCGGAAGAUCUCAAUAAGUUGCUGCUUCAGCUUUACCUGGACAAUCGGAGAGAGGUUCGGCAGAUUUUGAGUGACCUAGCUCCUGACCUCCCUCAUUACCACAACUUAGAGUGGAGACUGGAUGUACAGUUAGCCAGUCGUGCCUUGAGGCAUCAGAUGAAACCCCUCCUGACUCUGAAACUGCACCUUGAACAGAAUGGUGGUCGGAAUGCCAGUGUGUUUCAGACUGACCCUGCCACCCUGCUGCACCUAAUUCGCAAGCUGGAGCAAGCCCUGGGUGAGAUGAAGACGAACCACUGCAGGAGGAUCGUGCGCAAUAUAAAGUGAGGGGUUCACCGAUCGGCAUUCCUUCUGCCAGAUGGAGACGCCAGAGCAAAAUCGGGGGAACGUGCUACUUUGUCUACUGGAUCUUUAUAAUUGGACGCACUUUGUAGGGUGAUGGUGGUGUAUUGAAGCGUUUCAGCACAGGAGGCUAUCCAACAUUAAAAUGUGUAAGAGAGUAUUAUUAGCUGGAGUUGUCACAAUGCUCUCCGUAAGGUGCUUUGUAUUGAUUGCUAUAAGAUCUAAUGUUCACACACUAAUGUUCCUUUUUUAGCCAGAUAAAUAUUGCCUUUAGUGGGGGGGGGGGGUAAAAAUCAGUGGCAGAAGAACGAUAUGCAAAAAGGAGUGAGAUAAUCAACAGAAAAAGAUAGCUAAAAUUAACCAGUACUAUACUAUGGGGAGGGGGAGAAAUCGAUGUUAGAUGGGGAUAAGAAGGAUGCAGUGACACCAUUGAGUCUUGGAUAAUACGUACUGUCUAUCUCUGCAUGUUCAUUUUGAAUUGAUGGUAGACUGACAGUCCCUUCUCAAUUUGAAGGCUGCAAUGUUCUUGAAAACAGUGAAUUUGGGCUUUAUCUGCUCAUUUGAUAGUACACAGCACAACAAAAAAGGCUGUUAAAAUCCCUUGCUAAGCGCAGAAAGGGAGAUUGAUGUGGGAGGCUUUUUGCUGGUUUAGAACUGGAAAAAGUUGUACUCCGGUUGGCACUUAAAGCAUGUUGGGUUUACAGUCAUUAAGGCAUAUUACUUUGACUGGAAUUAGAGGAUAGAGAAGAAAACAAUUCCAAAUAUAAAUGUAUGAAUUUUAUAUUGUCUAACCAUUUAGAACAACUAUCACUUUGCAUUUUUGAGAAUUUUGAAACUCAUUGUCAGGGCAUUUAAUAUUUAACUUCCAGUUGUGUUCUUUUGUGACAAUCAUUGCACGUAACCAUUAGAUCAAAGUCAUAAGGUAAAGGUUUAUUCAUAACAGUUAUAUCUAAUCUAUAGGGGGUCUAAUGUGGAUUUGAAGUUUAACUUGGGGUAUGAGUCUUUAUUCACAGAGGACUUAAUGCUUUGUAGAUCAGCUGCCGUGUUUACAUACUGUUAAUAACAAUUAUGAAAUUUUAAUUUUCAAUGCAAUGUAGUGUAGAUAGGAAACACUUUGCUUCCAGGUAGAAUGCCAGCUGCCUGUUGAAGCUGAUCUUUGUGAUUUCAUCAUUGUAAUGUGAAAGUUUGCAUUUUUUUUUUCCUUCUACUUUGCAAAGUCACUUCUGCCUCUCUGGCAUCUCCUUCGUGAGCAUUUAGUUAGCUUGGGGAGCUGGGAACGGGUGUCGAGCCUUGGCAAAGUCUCUGCUAGUCGUGGUCAGUCACACGAGUGGAAAGGAUACACUGUGCCUCAUGUAAUCUUUACAUUACUCUUGGAGACGUCAAUUUUAAAGUGAACAUUUUGAUGUAAUGAUAAUAGGAAAGAUGAAAGCCUCUAUGUAGAAACAUAAAGGGUUAGCAAAGCACUGCACUUCUGUUAGACAUGUGUUUUGUUUUUCUUGGGAUUAAACUUGGUUUGCAAAUUAAGCCGUUUUGUGUAGAAUGGUUUUUAGGUGAAUGGUGAAUAUUGUUCUUUGCUUCAUUGUGUUAGCCAUUCAUUAUACCAUGAGCGAGCUCCAUUCAAGAUGGUUGUUCUCAAAUUGCUGAACAGCAGCUGUAAAACAUUAAAGUAAAAAAAAAAUGAAGGAUGCUGAGAAUCGUGUUUGUCUACAUCUUUAACAGUUACACUAAUGAAACUGUUCAGUUAUUUGUACAUUCCCUUUUGAGAACUUAACAUUGAUUCUAACCAGCAAAGUCAAGAACAGAGAGUUACUGGCAAAUUUCACUUUGUAACAUGUUGUACAUUUGGUCAGCUGUGUUUUCUUUUGACAUUCUUCAUAUAAUUUUUUUUCCCUAUUGCUCCAAUUAUUUCAUUUAUUCAACUUUAAAGCUGGUUUUGUACUGUGAUUUGAUGUAAGCAUGUAAACUGUGAUCAUUUUUUUAAUAUAAUCACUAAGGUUUAGUUCAAAAUAAUUUGAUGAACUGUUAUCAAGGAAGUCAAUAUUUACACCUGGAAUAUCACUAUCGCCAAACAGUUGUUUGUGCCAAAAUGUUAUUCAGUAAGAAAUCUUGUGGUUCUGUUUCUAGUUGAUUCUGAGUUCAUUACUCUGCUGCCUAAAAUAUUUCUGUGUUGUUUAAUUUGAAUUGUUUUAGCAAAUGCACCAUUGUGAUGACUACCAUUUAGUCACUAAACUAAACUUAAUACACAUUGUGCCUCCACUUUGUACCAUAAUGUACUGUACUUUGAAAUUAAUUGCUGUAGCAGUUCUCAUGAAAUCUGCCUUGGUUUCACAGUGUAUCUGAAAAUGUCUUAGGAAUCCUUGUUUAGAAACUGCUAGAAUUAACUCAAUUUUAAAUACAGUAUUUAGACAUGUUUAUACAGAAUUUUGUUUCAGUGUACUGGACCGUGCAUGGAAAAGGGGAGGGGGUGUAUGCUGCUUAAAGUUCUUCAAAACCCUGAGCUAAAAUAACAUCAGUUCACCAGGGGAAGGGUUGGCAAAACUUUCAGUAUUUAUUUUCUUUGAUCACUCAGACUAGACAAGAGAUAAAGAGUUAUGGAAGCCAUUUGAGGAAGGAAAUUAUAAGUUCAUAUAAGUACUGUGCAGGAAUUAUAAAUUCAUUUGUAGCAGUUGACAAACCGCUUUGUGCAACUUGUGAACCCACUUGAAUGCUGACAAGCCUUGGCUGCAGCUUUUCACUAUUUCAAUUUCUAUGUUCAUUCUGUUAAGUAUUCCUUCAGUUUUGAAGACAUAAUUUGUAAGAUAUUUGUGUUAGUAUGGGGACACCGGCAGAGGAUCAAGGUUGAUGUGUAGAGAUUAAUUUUUUUGCAGGAUUAAGGAUGAUUGAGCUAAAUUUAAUCCUUUGCCUUUUUGGCAAAAUGACUUUAAUAUUUGCAGGUUUAAAGUAUUAAAAGUGACCUGAGUAUAGCAGUUAUCAGCUGAUUGGAGUUCUGCUUCUGAAGAUAAAUAAUAAAAUGCAA